AUGUAUCCCAGCCAACCUUCGCCUUACUCCUAUCAGUCUUCUGCGGCUAGCGCACAUCCACAGCCCGGAUAUAUCUCUCCUCCGGAUUCGAGGCGGGCACCCGAGGAAGAAAAGGAAAAACAGUUGCAGCCACAGAGACAAUCACUCCCUUCUAUUCAUGAGGCAUUAAGGAACGAUAGCCCUCUUCCAUACCCUGCUCCACCUACAUCGGCCCCUCCGCCGCAAGCACAUCCCGCUCCUCCUCCACAUGCUCUCGUCGGUCGAUCAGCAGGAGAAGGCCCGGCCGGACCCCCCAACCCGUUCUCAAAUGGAGCGCCGGCAGGUCCAUACAUGCGCGAACCUGCCUAUACGCAUCAGUCUCAGCUGCAAACGGAUGCGUCGCGGUCAAGCCUCGCAUCGAUCACCACACAGGAAUCAAGGAAUCCCUCGCUACAGUCGCUCAACUCGAGCAAAUCACCUACCCACAGUGCCAAGACUGGCUUGACUUCAAUCGCGGGCUCGCAGACAGGACCCGGGUACGAAUAUACCGCUCCCACUUCCGCAGGGAGUAUAGCCUCGCCCAAUGGAUACACUUCAUAUUCGCAGCCGUUCACUUUUCAGUCACAGCCUCCACCGAACGCUCCGACAUACCCUCCAGCCCAUCAUGAUACUCGACCCUAUGCCGGAACGCCCUGGAAACCUGGCGCGCCAGAGCCACCACGUGUCGAGGAAUUAAAAAACGGGCUGGCGGGGCGUCCUGCGGUUCCGGUACAACAUCAAGGCGACUCUGCCAAGCGCCACUUGGAUAUUUACGAAGUGGAGACUUCACUUAGCGAGAUUGCCGAAGUGAGUACCCGCACUUUGGACUUUUCCCGGCACUAUGCUACAAGAGCACACCAGACUCAGCGGUCUGGGCCCAUGUUAGGGUCUUUGCCUUCCCUGCACGAAAUUGAAGACAUGAUCAAUCUGCAACGUCGGAAUCAGGACGCUUUGAUGCGGAUACGAACCGCUGUCUUGAACCAGGAGCAUGCCUUGGCGGAGCAGAUGGCUCAAAGAAAAGCUUUCAACGCCGGUGGAGUCCAUGACAGUGACCACAUGGCAAUGUACCAAGAAGAAUUCAAGGGUAGUGGCGGAUUCGCCGGCCCAGAUACGAAAAAGCGACGAGGUCGGGUCUUGGUAUUAUCCAUUGUAUCCCAGAGCGUCAUUUCUCCACUGGAAAAAGAUUAUCGCCAAGCUAACCAAGCGUCGUUACAGAAAGCUGCGCCUCCUGGUCGUUGCCACAGCUGCAACCGAGCCGAAACUCCAGAAUGGCGCCGUGGUCCAGACGGCGCUCGGACAUUGUGCAAUGCCUGUGGCCUGCACUAUGCCAAAUUGACGCGCAAGAUGGGCGCUAGCAAGGCUGCCUCCCUGGGUUCGAAUCUGAAGCCAAAAGCCGCUCUUGAUUCUGCGCCUCCCGGUACCCGAUAG